AACACCAUCGGCAACGUGCCGCUCCGCUGGUAUGAGGACUACGACCACAUCGGUUACAAUGUGGACGGCAAGAAGAUCAUGAAGUCCAACAAUGGCGACGGCAUUGACAAUGCUAUUGCGGCGAAGGAUGACCCGAACUAUGACCGCACCGUGUACGAUGCUUACAAUGACCGCAAGAUCGUGGUCUCGGAGCGCGAUAUGGAGAUCAUUCGUCGUAUGCAGGCGGGUGCUUUUGCACACCCGGAGUUUGAGGCGUACCCGGACUACGUGGACAUUUACUCGUCGAACAAGAUUAUCCACUCGAUGGGCAACGACAUUGAGCCCAAGAGCCGAUUCUUGCCGUCGAAGUGGGAGCGCAUGAAGGUGAUGACGAUCAUGAAGGGCAUCAAGGAAGGUCGCAUCAAACUCGAUCAGGAGCCGGAGAAGAAGCCUGAGGUCUACCAAAUGUGGUUCGAUGACGACCAAGCCCAGACUCGUAAGGGACCUGCGCACGUGCAAGCACCGAAGAUGCCUCUUCCCGGACACAUUGAGUCGUACAACCCUCCCGAUGAGUACCUGUUUACCAAGGAGGAGCGUCGUGCGUGGGAAGAAGCCGAGCCGGAGGACCGCGAGACGAACUUCAUCCCGAAGAAGUUCAAGUCGCUGCGCGAGGUUUGUGGCUACAGUGGCUUCGUCCGUGAACGCUUUGAGCGCUGCCUGGAUCUCUACUUGGCUCCUCGCGUGAACAAGCGGAAACUUAACAUUGACCCGGAGUCGCUUGUGCCGGAGCUGCCGAAGCCUCAGGACCUUCGUCCGUUCCCGAACACGCUGGCACUUGUCUUCAAUGGCCACACCGGUCGCAUUCGCUCGCUGGCUGUGGAUCCGUAUGGCCAGUACGUGGCCUCGGGCUCGGAUGACUUCACCGUGCGCAUUUGGGAACUGGAGACUGCGCGCUGCCUGCAGGUUUACAACGUUGGAGCUGUGGUGCACAAGCUGUCGUGGAACCCGAACAAGGACCACCAGUUGCUGGCCGUUGCAGCCGCUAAGAAGGUCUUUAUCAUCGCUACCGGAACGGGUAGCGCAGACCAGACGGAGCUUACGAACGCACUCGUGGGCGACGCCGACGAUAGCAUUAAGACGUCUUCCGAUGAUGACGCUGAUGCUGACCGGCCGUGGCUCGAGCGUCGUGUGGGCACUGGCAUCCGUGUUGUGCUGCACCACACGAGCGACGUGAAGGACGUCGCGUGGCACUACAAGGGCGACUACCUCUCGACGGUUGCCCCUGGUGCCGGCUCGGGCGCGGUGCUGAUCCACCAGAUCUCGAAGCGCAAGACUCAGAACCCGUUCCAGAAGAGCGUGGGCCAGGUGCAGUGUGUGCUGUUCCACCCGUCCAAGCCCUUCUUCUUCCACGCCACGCAGCGUCACGUGCGCGUGUACAACCUCGUGAAGCAGUCGAUUGUGAAGAAGCUCUCCUCCGGUGUCAAGUGGAUCUCGAGUAUGGCGGUGCACCCGAAUGGCGACCACCUGCUCGUGGGUAGUUACGACCGGCGGUUGUGCUGGUUCGACCUAGACCUGUCCUCGAGGCCGUUCAAGACGCUCAAGUACCACGAGAAGGCUGUGCGUGACGUGUCGUACCACGCCAAGUACCCGCUCAUGGCUUCCGCCUCGGACGACGGCACCAUUCACAUCUUCCACGCCAUGGUCUACUCGGACCUGAUGAAGAAUCCGCUGAUCGUGCCGCUGAAGAUCCUGCGCGGCCACGAGGUCUCUGGCGGCCUUGGUGUCAUGGCCCUGGCCUUCCACCCUGUCCUGCCGUGGGUCGUGACAGGCGGUGCCGACGGCUCCAUUCGCCUCUUC